AUGGACAAACCCCAGGGAUCAGUAACAUUCAAGGAUGUCAUUGUGGAAUUCACCAAGGAGGAGUGGAAAUUACUGGAUGAAGAUCAGAAGGCCCUGUACAAGGAAGUGAUGCGGGAGAACUACCGUCACCUGGUCGCAGUGGGUUAUUUUGUAAAUAAAUCAAAUGCAGUUUUGAAGUUGAAACAAGGAAAGGAGCCAUGGAUAUUAGAAGUAGAGUUUCCACUUCAGAACUACACUGACCUGUGGAAGAUUCAUGAGUCAGAAGAAAGACACCAGGAAAGCAAAGCUGAAAAGUCAAGGACUGGAGAACCCACAAAUAAAAAGACACAUACCAAAGAGAAAACCUAUUCAUGCAAUGAAUGUGGGAAGUCUUUCUACCAGCAGUCUAUCCUUACAGUACAUCAGAAUACUCAUUCAAAGGACAAAUCCAUUGAAAGUGGGCAAUCCGUCCCUAGGAAUGGAGACCUCACAAGACAUGAGAAGACUAACACCAGAGAAAAAAAUUAUGAAUGUCAAGAAUGUAAGAAAACUUUCUACCACCUGUCAUCUCUCAGUAGACAUUUGAGAACUCAUGCAGGAGAGAAACCCUAUGAAUGUGAUCAGUGUGGGAAGUCCUUCUACCAGAAGCCACACCUCACAGAACAUAAGAAAACACACACAGGAGAGAAACCCUAUGAAUGUACUGAAUGUGGGAAGUUCUUCUAUGUUAAGGCAUACCUAAUGGUACAUCAGAAAACACACACAGGGGAGAAACCAUUUCAAUGUAAGGAAUGCGGAAAACACUUUUCCCAGAAAUCACACCUUACAGUACAUCAAAGAUCACACACAGGGGAAAAACCUUAUAAAUGUAAGGAAUGUGGGAAAUUAUUUUCUAGAAACACACAUCUCAAAACUCAUCAGAGAACUCAUACUGGGGAGAAACCCUAUAAAUGUACUGAAUGUGGGAAAUGCUUCUACCAGAAGUCAGCCCUCACAGUACAUCAGCGAACUCACACGGGAGAGAAACCCUUUGAGUGUAAUAAAUGUGGAAAACACUUCUACUAUAAAUCUGACCUUACUAAACAUCAAAGGAAACACACAGGGGAGAAGCCCUACAAAUGUGAUGAAUGUGGUAAAUCUUUCUCUGUGAAUUCAGUCCUGCGGUUACAUCAAAGAACUCACACUGGAGAGAAACCUUAUGAAUGUAAAGAAUGUGGGAAAUUAUUCUCUCAGAAGUCACAUUUUAUCAUACACCAGAGAAAACACACAGGGGAGAAACCCUAUGAAUGUCAAGAGUGUAAGAAAUCUUUUAUCCAGAAGUCAGAACUCACUGCACAUCAAAAGAUACACAGACCAAGAAAGAGCUAA